UCGCUCAGCUGCUCGCCGUCACGGACCGCCCUCCUCUUUCUUCUUCGAGUGGCGGGUGCCGACUUCUCGGCGGACUCUUCAACUCUCGUCCGUCGGAGCGUGCACACCCUCUGCCAGCCGCUCCGAAGUCGUCGCGCACAGCCUACUCCGAGCACGUGGACGCCUGUCCCCGGCCCGGCGCGUUUUCGACGGUCAGCGACGGAUAAUGUUGUCGUCAGGACUCAUCGCCGGACGUAGUCGCCGUCUUUGACUCGGUGUGUGUUUUGCCUCGGAGCUUCUUCGACACCGUCUUCAUUCGGACAGUGCUUUUUUUUUUCUCGGAUUAUUGUGAAAACAAAAAGUAAGAAGAAAACUGGACGUCUAGAUCGAGAAGAGAACGAGGAGCUUCUUCUGGCCGUUCACUCCCCGGGGUUCUUGCCCCGGUCGUUCUCGCGGGGGAAGCAACUUUUUCGAGAGACCGACGUCAGGCAAGACCGCGUGAUGCGUCAUCAGUAAUGGAGCUCAGCCCCGGCCAUCGUGUUUUUAUGAAGUGGCAGUCUGCUAGCUACGCACGAAACUUGGUGCCGUCGUUCUUCUGAAGGCGUGCCUGCCGACUGGAAGUUAGGCCUAGACGUCGGGUCCCGAUGGAUCCCGGCACGACGACGCUGUGGAGGGACCCGCCGACGAAGCUCCGGAGACGAGCGCGCACGGGGCUCGGUCGCUGGACGGGCGGCGUCCGGCCCACAACGCCGUCCAUGAACGUCGCGCUUGUGCUUCUAGUUUUGGCGCCGCUGCUAAGCCUUGUGUGCGGGCAGCGCACAAGUUCGAGUCCGCGGCCCCAGCAGCGGUUCGCCAUCGAGCCGACGGACCGGUCGGCCAUCUUGGGCGACACUAUCGUGCUCGCGUGUCGCGUCAUCGACAAGGCCGGCACGCUCCAGUGGACCAGAGACGGCUUUGGCCUCGGCAGUGACCGCGACCUUUCGGGUUUUCCAAGGUACUCUAUGGUUGGAAGCGACGACGAAGGCGAUUUUUCGCUUCAGAUCGGUAGCGUAAGCCUGGAAGACGAUGCCACCUUUCAGUGCCAAGUCGGCGCCGUCGAAGGCGUGAAGGGCAUCCGAUCAAGGAGCGCGCCUCUGACCGUAUUCGUACCCCCGGAACCCCCGAGGAUCGUUCAAGGCGAGUUUCUGAAGACGACAGCUGGCAUGACCGUCGAGCUGACUUGCGAGUCUCACGCCGGAAAGCCAGCCGCGGAGUUGACGUGGCUGGAUGGCAGCGGCAACGUGGUGACCAACGGCGUCGAGUACAAGACGGAGCCCCUGUCAGACGGCAAACGCGCCAACGCUGCGCUCACCUGGACUUUCAGUCCCAGCCGCGAACACGACGGCAAGACGUUCACCUGCCGCUCCGAGAACAAGGCGCUCAAGCAGCCCAUGCUGGCCACCAUUCGCAUGGAAGUGAAGUAUCCACCCGAGAUAACCCUGACGGUGGAGUCGGACAAGAUAUCGGAGUUCGAUGACGUCCGCUUUCACUGCCAGGCAACGGCCAACCCGUCCGACAUCGUUUACAAGUGGUACAGGAACGACGAAAUCAUCGCGGGCGACCACACGACCGAGCUGGUGCUGCCCCGGGUGACACGGAGCUUCAACGGCGACACGAUCACAUGCGAGGCACGCAACGACGUGGGAACCACGAAGUCUACGCACACACUCAACAUACACUACCGUCCCGCUUUCAAGAGCGCGGCCGAGACGGUGGCCGCCGAGGAAGGUGCCGAGGUGGCGCUGCGGUGCGAGGUGGACUCCAACCCGAAGCCGGACAUUGUGUGGCUUCACGAGGGCUCGGAGCGCGUGCUGGCCCGACAGCCGACGCUCGUCAUCCCCGCGAUGAGGCCCAGCGACGCCGGCCGCUACUCGUGCCGAGCCAUGGUGCCCGGCUUCCCGGAGAUCACCCAGGACGUGCACGUCUACGUCAAAGGCCCUCCGAAAGUGAGUAGCCCCACGACCCAGUAUGGCGUUGAAGGGGAGCAGGUGCGCGUUGAGUGCGUCAUCACUUCCGUUCCGCCACCCACCAGGGUUGCCUGGUCCAGGAAUCUGCAGCUGGUUGACAUCGACAACAACCAGGGCUACGAAAUCAUAAAGGAGCCCCUGUCGAACGGCCUCAAGAACUUGCUGAUCAUCCAUAAUGCUGCCGAAGAGGACUUUGGCCAGUACAACUGUUCCGUAUGGAACCAGUUCGGCUACGACACGAGGCUCAUCACUGUUAGGAAACAAAAAAACCUUCCCAUGGUGAUCAUCCUGGCUGGGGUCAUCGGAGGCAUCGUGCUUGUCGUGACCGUGACAAUCUCUAUUAUCCUCUGCCUGCGAAAGAAAAACAUUGUCAAAGACGAUGACUUCAACUCUGAAAAGAAGGGGAAGCAAUCAGACUCUGCAUCCUCCGGAGACUCGGACAUUAAAGUGGAAAUCAGAACAGCGUCGUCAUUGUCCAAUAACGAGCAUGACCGCAACUGGGAGGACAAUAGUGAAUCGGCACGAACACAUGACGCAGCGGAUAUCUACAAGUACGCCAACAGUGCUGCCGACUACGGAGACGCGACUUUUCCCGCGAAAUCGGAGGCUCAAAACAACAACGGUUACAUCCCGUACGUGGACUACUCGCGCGACUACAAUCCACCGCCGGUGGCAGCGUCACUGCAGCUGAACGCGAGCCGCGACAGUGGCCUGUACGGCAGCUCACCGCAGUCGCUCAAUGACCUGGGCCAGGGCAUCGACCCGCGGUUUCGAGCGGGGUACGCAAACCCAUACCUGCGCACCUCGCAGUCGAACCUUCCACCUCCUCAGGGCGUGUACGUCAGCCCAAGGGCCAUGCCGUCGGUCGUUGCUAAUACUGCUGGCAUACCCGGUGCUUCGUGCGCAACAUUGCCCCAGAACAGGUACAUCACAUCGCAACAGAGCCAUGUCAAGCCGGGCACGCUAGCCACCCAUGUAUGAUGGCAGGAGACCUCGAUGUAAAUAGGACUUGAGCUCUCCACGAAGCAACCGAGAGUGUUGUGUGCCCCUCGCUGCAGACAUUGUGUGGACAGUGAGUGUGUGUGUGCGGGGAACUAAUGCUAGACCCUGUGGAAAACGAAGAAAAAAAGAAAAGAAACGGACGCUGAUGGUGCACGCCCACGAAGUGUCGUAUUUCCGAAGAGACUCGUGGUGCCACCACAUUUGCGGUGUUUCAAGUCAGGAACCAAAGAGCUGUUAAUAAUUGUAAUUGUUCAUGUGAGUGUGCAUCAGUGUGUGUGUGUGUGUGCAUGCGAGUGUAUCUGUCGGUGCAUGAAGUUGUCACGUUUCCCUGACUAGAUUAGAAAUAAAAAAUAAAAGCAAGGCAAGGGUAGCCUUAUUUAUUAACUUGAGUAGUGUGACCUUGCAGUGUUUUUAGCGUAGUACUUUAUUAUUGCGUCCUGAUUCGAGAGUGAUCCCUUCUUUUGCUUUAAAGACUGACCUCUCAUCAGUAGUUGUGUCCAUAUUUUGCAGCGCACCGAACCUUUCAUGGAAUACUCCGCUUUUCAAAUGCUGGCAUGUAGGAACUGCAGUUAAGCCCUGGGUUUUUUGUGAACAUACAGCACAAUCACUGCUUUCCUGUUUUUUUUUUCUUUCUAUCAGUGGCUUGAAAAAAUGGCCGCUCUCUGCUUGUCUCACAUAAUUCUACAUGCAAUAACACACAGCCUGCAAGUAACAUGUGCCAUAUACAGUGAUGUGUGAUGUGUUGUGUGCAACGUAUCUUGCAGAGUUGUGGGCGACAGACACUCCAGCGUAUUUCACUACAGUCUCGAAGGAAAGCGCUGAGUGGAAGAUAUGAGAGAGCAGCGUUUUAGAGUGAGGCUUAACGAAUAGGGUGUGAGGAAGCGUAACACUUGCGGCCUGAGUUUAACCAGGAUGCAGUGGAAAUCAUUACUACACUAUAAAACGGGCAUUACCGAGUUUUCAGCAUUGAUGAUUUUUGAAGCAGCAUGUAAAAAAAGCAAUGGAAAUAGCCUGCUUAUUCUUUGCUCGAAGUGAAAUGUGUACGUUUAUGUUCAAGCAACGUCCUGAAAAUUAGAAUAUUGACCUAAUAAAUUGCCAUUAUGCCUCCUGAAGAUUCUCUAGGACAAUGAGUUCUGCAGAAGUUUGGAGGAAAGGUACAUUAAAACAUAAAACUGACACAAAAUGUACACGCAUUUUCAUUUCUGGUACUAUUAUCAUCCCCGUGCUCACGUCAAAACUUAUCUACUUGCAGGGGUUGUCAUCCACGCUGCAUAAAUUACCACACGAAAUAUGUCACCUGUCUGAAGCAUGUAUUUUGAAGGCAUGCUCCUGCGUAGUGCAUUUCUGGUUGUAAUAUAAGUGCUCAGUUUCGUUGGAUAUUACAAGUGGCCUUCUAAGCUUAACUGGUUGGCUGGUGCCAAUUAGAGUUGGUUAUACCCUCAUCAGUGUUGUACAUAACGUUGAUUUCAGUGGGCGCGUUCUUUCAAUGCUUCCUUCGUCGGAUUCUUCCCAUUGGCGACACUGUGAUUGAGUAUGUCGUGUGUCUGAUAAAACAAAGGGGGGAGGAGGAAAAGCACGACUUGUUGUCUCUAUGCAAGCGUGGUGUCCCAAUAAUAAGAUACAUCUCUAAUUAGCUUGCAAAGCGGUGAUCAACUUAAAUUUUGACUGUGGCCCUUCGUAAUGUUUCUAAACGGCGUAGAUGUGUGUGAAAUGUUUUGUCGUGUAUACUGUAUUGUAAACCGGACUGCCAUACACGCCACAGAGGGUGCGAGGAGCAUUGUGGCAAGUCUGCUGAGUCAUUAAGCAUGUCAGAGAAAAAGAAGUUUCGGUGCUAAAAAAAACUGUCCUGCUCCUUUCCCAAGUUGGUAUUACAGAAAGCACACUAAGCAGUGUGUUGCUCGCUUACUAUUUUUGUUUUUUCAUUCUUUUAUUUCUGUGACCUUGACUGUAGCUCUUGGCCUCCCAGCUUUCUGCUGUGUGACGCAUGGAAAACUGGGAAGCGAAACCAUCACUGUACAUACGAAGCACUUCCCGGCGUUAUGACAAAUCGCACUUCUUCAAGCUUCGCGCUCUACCGCCUCCUUUGUAUCGUUUGUUUGUUUACCUGAUAGCGUCUGUACAGAUAUUUGCUGAUGAGAAUUUGCUCACUUUAUGACGGUGAAACAAUUGUGUGUGUGUGCGUGUUAAUUAAACCUAUAUGAGAGUUUCAGCGAAA